AGUACGACGUAAGACUCGAAACCGGUUGGUCGUGUGACGAGUGACGGCUGGUAUCGGAGCGUGAUGCCGAGUAUGUUUACCGAACUUUUUGGAAUCAAACUUUGAUAUUUUGAAUGAUAAAAGAAAAAAAGUUUUUAUUCACGUUGGGCUAUAUAAUAGACAAAUGAGGAUCGAAUGUUAAGAGUGACCAUAAAAGUCACGCGCGCAUUAAAAACUCUGUGGAUCUUUUAAAAAAGUUGUGAACAUGUAAAUUAUUGUCGAUGCUGUGAAAAUUAAGUUUAACUCGGUGGCAGUAUGGUGGAUGUUGGUGUUAAUGAGUGCGAUAACACCAUAAAAGGGAGGAACCAAUUUGUGUGUCUUGUGCUUGUUCACUUACUUCUUAUUGGACUUAAUGGAACGAAUGCUCAAAAUCGAGCACCACGCAUCAAAGAACAUCCAUCGAAUACUGUGUCUGGGAGAAGUGAACCUGCGACACUGAGAUGCGUGGUUGAAGGGCGGCCAAAACCAACCGUGCUGUGGUUUAAGGACGGCUCACCUUUGCCACCUGCGGAGGAUGGACAUAGGGUAUUGUUGGAAGACGGGUUACUGUUUCUAAGGGUAAAUCGCGGUAAAAAGGAAAGCGAUGAAGGAGUAUACUGGUGUUUGGCACGCAACAUUGCUGGAGAGGCUGUCAGUAACAACGCUUCUCUAAAUGUUGCUAUGCUACGUGAUGACUUCAGGAUUGAACCUACAGAUGUGGUUGUAGCAGCAGGAGAACCUGCUGUAUUAGAAUGUUCACCACCUCGUGGGGUCCCCGAACCUUCUGUUCAUUGGCUUAAAGAUGGACAGCCAUAUGAUGUAGAAGUUAAUGGCAGGGUGACAGUUACAGAUACAGGAAACUUGAAAAUUCUCGAAACAUUACCUACUGAUAGUGGUUUAUUUCGUUGUGUCGCAUCAAAUAUAGCUGGUGAAAGGCAGUCAAGAGCUGCGGGUCUUAUUAUUUUAAGACGUCCACAUUUCGUCGUUAAGCCUAGUAAUAUAACAGCUCUGGUUGGCCAAACCGUUGAAUUUAAUUGCCAGAGCUACGAUACAAAUGUAAAAAUAACUUGGGUCAAAGAGGAUAGUUCGCUGCCUUCACAUGCAACUAUCAUUCGAGGAUUAUUGCGGUUGGAACACGUGUCUGCAGCCGACGCUGGCAUUUAUUCAUGUCGGGCUGAUGGUCAGACUGGUUCGAGUAUAACAAGCGCCACUCUCACCGUUUACUCUUUACCGCACUUCACACAGAUACCAUCAAAUUUGACCGCAUGGGAGGGUGAUGUGGUAUCGAUUCCUUGUGAAGCAAAAGGUCUGCCCACACCAACCACGUUUUGGAUUCUAGAAGGGAAUCAAGAUUCGUUACUUUUCCCUGAAUGUAUGAAAAGCAAUACGAGUUUAUUAUAUCUUGAUGGCGCAAAAACUGAACACAGUGGGCGUGUUAUAUGUACAGCAGUUAAUGCAGCUGGUAGUAUAAUGCAAGAGGCAUAUUUAACUAUUCUUAAGAAGGGGAAUGAAUUAAAAGAACCCUCUUUGGAUCAAGACUUGACUGUGUUAUAUGAGCGGCAAGAACAUAUGACGCAAUAUGAACUUGUUCAAGCGCGAAAGUAUUUGCAGCAGAAUGUUUUAGUUAUGCGGAGGGUGGAAGCGUUGUCAUCUACGUCGAUGAAAGUUGUUUGGGAUGUUUUGACAGAUUACAAUGAAUAUUUGGAAGGUGUCAAAAUAUGGUAUAAUGGAACAAACAUGAAUUGGCGAUUUGCUGUUAAAGAAGAAAAUGCUGUUUUGAACUCAUCCUUGACUGGCGCUGCGUUGUGUUCUAAUGGUUCAUUAACCAAUGUCGAUAAUACUGGUUCAUCAAGUUUCGUUCUAUCUGGGUUAAUGGCUUAUACACAGUACGAUGUUUUCUUGAUGCCUUUUUAUAAAACGUUACUUGGAAAGCCUUCUAAUUUGAUGGCGGGCUUUACGGAUGAGGAUGUACCAUCGGCGCCGCCUCAGAGUGUGACAGCGGGUGUAAUUAACGCAACUUCGGCGUGGAUACGAUGGGAACCACCACCUGCGAUUACUUGGAAUGGAGAAAUCACAGGCUAUUUGAUUGAAAUUCGUGUUAGUGGAAGUGGUGGUGGUCGUAUUGUUGGUCAAAUGUCUCUAGGACCUCGAACUCGGGCCGCUGCGGCUAGUUCCCUUCGCGCUGGCGGUCGAUAUAGUGCAAGAGCAGCUGCCGUUACUAAGCGUGGACGUGGACCUUUUAGUUUGCCUGUCCAGAUACAUAUGUUGCCAACGCAAUCGCAACGUCACUAUGUUCAAACGGAACCACCUAGCGAUUCUAACAUAUCACACAUAUUUCAAGAAACAUGGCUCCUUGCUCUUGGUCUGACAUUAUUCACUGUAAUUAUUAUUGGAUUAUUCAGCGUUUAUUAUAUUAAGCGUCGUAACAGCACUCAACGAAAGAAGUCUACUGGUCAGUCCAUUGUUACAGCACAACAGUGUUUACUCAAUAAAGACACAAUAUGGUUACGAGACAGGCCUGUAUUUGCUGCUACUGAGACCACUAUGGACGCCAGUAGCUGUCAUCAGAGCUUACUACAUGGUGGACAGUCUACGAGUAUUUUAAGUGUGGAACCUGAAUAUUGCUUACCUCAAAAUUCUAUUCAAGGAUUAGAUGAUUUAAGCGUUGAUAGAAUCAGACGAGGCCCCCCUGAACCCUACGCAUCCAGUGCUAUUUACACUGAACUAAACUUUAAGGACAACAACGAAAUUGGAGACAUAAGGAGCUGCGUGGAGCGGCGAUCACAUAACAAUAGCAUUGUUCGUUCAUGUAACGGAAGCAUUCAGUAUUCGAACGGGGAAUGUUCCACAUGUUGUCAUAGCACAUCAAGUAGAUCUACUAAGGAUUAUAGAGAGCCUAGACAUGAAGUACAUAAUGAAAUCAAUGCUAUGGAAGACGACUGUAUGUCCUGUCACACGAAUAGGUCUGGAUCGAGAAGUAGACAGGACAAAAGUAAAGUGUGUCCCGCCAAUGAUUUAGAGUAUGAUUAUCCGCAGUGGCAUUGGCUAGGUAGAGAGAACAGUUUCAAAAUUCCCAUACAGACUAGCAGACAUUCGAAUGUAGCGCGGUCCGAGCAGGGCUGUCAAAUAAAUCUAUGUGAUAUAUUGCCACCGCCCCCGUAUGAGAGUCCGGAAAACAAGAAAAAUUGAGAAGCUCAAAGCGCUUAGGUAACUUUUUUGUAUAAAUUGAAAAACGUUGAGCAAUAAUCAAGUUAGCGACAAAACAUAUGUAACUCGAAUUCCUUUUGGCGUUGAUUUCGAUGUAGUUUAAAAUGUUAUUCGAAUUUUAAAUGUAGUGAGUACAUGUAAUAAAUCUCAGGUAAUCGUCGUAGAAUGCUGGUUAGCGCUUGUAAAACGUAAGUAAUUAGUACUGAACUUUUGAUAUUUGUAACUUAUUCCUAUUGAUAUUCUAGUCACGAUGUAUAAGACUAGUUGAAACUUUAUGAUGAACAUUGUACACCGUCGUGGUUUCAUUUAUUUUGCUGUAAAUAUGAUGGCACUAGUGAUCCGAAAAGAUAAUUUUGUUGAAUAUAAGAAAUACUAAAUAAUUUAAAAUAUCAUCAUCAACAAAUUUCAUCAUCAUCAUCAGCCCUAUUUCACCCCACUGCAUGGGGCUCAAGUCUUCCUUAUGGAAGGUUAAGGAGGAUGGGCCAUGAUUCUCCACGCUGGUCCAAUGUGGAUUGGAUGGUAUUGACUAUUGACAACGUAUUCCGGACCAACUGCGUGCUUUCCGAAGCACGGAGUAGUUAUAGAUAAUAAUUUUGUGGUCACCCAUCCCAUAACCGACCUUAGGGAAAGUUCACCAGCCCUUUUACGUCCCCACUGCAGGGGCUCAGGCCUUCCUUAUGGAUGGUUAAGGAGGAUGGGCUAUGACCCUCCACGCUGGGCCAAUGCGGAUUGGAGGGUAUUAACGACUGCAAAUGCAGCCGGGACCAACGGCUUAACGUGCCUACCAAAGCACGGAGUAGCUCGAGAUAAUAAUUUUUGGUCACCCAUCCCGUGACCGACCCUUGCGAAAGUUGCUUAAUAACAAACACCGCGGGCCGCGGCGUUAAUCCACUACGCCAUAUAGCUUCUUAGCUACUAAAACUAAAUCUGUAGUGUCAAAAUUAAUAAUAAAAAUAAAACUUUUUAAAUUGAACACUAGUGUCAUCUGUGUCAAUCAAAAUAAAAGAAAUUGAGAUAUUAUUUUAACAAAUUGUGUAUACUCAAGGUUGUCCUCUUGAUCUUAACGUAGAUUUUAACAGCUCCGCAUUUCACUGCCAUACUAUGAUAUGUUUAGAAUUACACAUAUAAAUUAGAUGUAUAAUCUUUGACUGUGAUAUUUAUAUUAAAUUUGUGUAUUAGGAAUAAAUUUAAACUUAGUUUUAAUUAUUAUUAUUUCAAAGAAUAAUUCCAGAUGACGCGGAAACAUUAAAAUUUUGUUAUAUUUCGGGUAAGUUUUGUAUUAACAAAAGUAUAUUUUUAAAACAACAAAUUCUAAUUUAUGUAUUUUAUUAAAAUGAAUAUAUUUUAAUGAUAAUCUUUAAAAUUUAUGGAAACUAUCUUUGACAUAAUAGAAAUUGCAAUGUUUCUUCAAUUUUUUACGUUCUUUUUGAAAAUCAUUUGUAAUAAACCUAUUUUGAUUUUUUUAUCCAUAUUGUGUUAUAACUUCAAAAUCGGAAUAUAGCAAAUUUAC